UUUCGCUCUCUGCGCCUGGGUUCUUCGGUCGACAGAAUACACGUGUGUUUUUUAGCACGCAAAGUUUUCUUUAGUGUUUGCCAAUGUCGUGUGUUUAACCCCUCUCCACUUCACAGUUUGGAUUUGCAGGUUACGUGGUUUCAAGUUUUGGUGUUAUCGAAGCGAUAUUUAAGGCAGCAAAUCUUGCGAUCAUGUCCCACGCCUCCUCACCUCACCCAGUUGCCAGCGGCCCAAUGCCUGUGCACACUGCUGCUGCUGGGACUGGCACCACUCUGCCUGUACCUAACAUGGCCAGCCAGACUGUAACAGCUGGUCUGUCAAUACAGGGUCCUACAGGAGCAACAGGGGCAGGUCCAACUGAGUUGAACAUGGCAAACACCAAAGAGAAGACACCCAUGUGCCACUUGAAUGAGCUGGCUCGUUUCAACCGCCUCCAGCCUCAGUAUGAGCUUGUGGAAGAGACCGGUCCAGCUCACGAGAAGACAUUCACCGUUAGGCUGGUGCUAGGAACUCAAAAUUUUGAAGCCAAGGGUACCAGUAUCAAGAAAGCCCAGCACCAGGCUGCGGAGCAGGCUCUGCUGAACUGCAACCUGCCAGCCCCCAAGCCCAAACUGGCUCGGAUUCAGAAGUCCACUCAGCCCAACCCCAACGCCCUAACAGCCACCGUGGAGCUCAACAGCAAGGCUAUGAAAGCAGGCGUGGCCAUCCACUACACCCCCAUUGGCCCUGACCCCAUGCCCUUCCACAACUUCUACCGGGGUGGGCGGGGCGGGCAUGGGUUUCGCCCACCCAGGCCCCAGGGUCCCCACGGUGGCCCAGGGCCUGGUGGGCUGCCUAUGCCAGGAGGUAUGAGACCCCAGGGCCCAGGGAUGGGAGGUGAGCCUAGGGGGCCGGGAGGUCCUGGUGACUUCAGGGGCCCUGGGGGACCAGGGCUGCGCCAACCAUAUUACCCAAGAUUCCCAAGGUCCGCUGGUCCUCUCCCAACCUUCUACGUCAAAGUUCAGGUGGGGAACAGAGAGUUCAUUGGUGAAGGCCGCACCCGCAAAGAUGCCCGCCAGAAUGCCGCCCUGAAAGCAUUGAAAUCCAUUGAGGCCGAUCCAUUACCAGAAUGCAAAGAUGAGGCUGUGAGCACCUCGGACCCUCCUAUCAACUCAGAGUUUAGUUCUUGUUUUGCAGUCAAAGAUAAGGAUGAAGACGGACUCAAAUCAGACAUCAGCAUUGUCUAUGAGAAGGCUCAUCAACACAACCUGUCUGUCAAUUUCACGGUCACAGAGGAAAAGGGUCCCCCACACCUCAAGAGCUUCAAGGUGGAGUGCAAGGUGGGCGAGUAUAUGACAGAAGGUUCGGGCAACUCCAAAAAGAACGCCAAGCGUAAGGCGGCCGAGCUGAUGAUCAAGAACCUGCAGAUGCUGCCCACCAUGCCCAAAGUAGAGCGCCCUCGCCCGUACUUCCAGAUCAAGAAGAAGAAGAGCAAGUCCCUUAUCAAGACCCGUGCCACAAAUCCUGAAUACGAAGCCUCAGGUCUGAAUCCCAUCAGCCGCCUAGUGCAGAUCCUGCAAGCCAUCAACAAGAAGGAACCAGUCUUCUCUGUGGUGGAAGACCAAACUGUGACAGAGCACACCGGCCGGCCUGGUCCACGCAACCGCCGGCGGGAAUUCACCAUUCAGGUGUUAGCCGACGGCAAGACAUGUUUUGGCAAAGGUCCCAAGAAGAAGGCAGCCAAGCGGGCAGCAGCUGAGGAGAUGCUCAGGGAGAUGGGCUACUCCUCCACCCCUCCUGCCUCCGCUAGCACCCCGGCAAAAUCCGCUCUCAAGACCAGCAAUGAGGGUGACGAUAACAGUGGAGGGGAUCGAAAAGUGACCUUCAAGGAAGACCCAGACAAAAAAGGCGGAGAGAAGAAGAAGUUGGAGUCGCCCAUACCAGGCCACAAGCUGGCCCCCGGUCUGCUGCCCAUGAUGCCUGGCGUCAACACGGCAGCUGGCUUCCCUGGGCCUACGGCUCCCACUGUUAAACAGGAACCGGCAGCACCCGCCCCAGGUCUAAACCGUGCCCCUGGUGCCCCCAUCACUGGCACACCCAUUGGCAAGAAGGCCUCUCCAACCAUGAGCAGCGUGACCUCCGACAUCGCCCGGGAGCUCCUGAACCAGGGUAGUUCGCCCACAGCCAAUGGCAUCAUGAAGGGCCGGCCGGGUAGCUUCGUGGAAAAGAAACUGGUCCGUCCCCGCCAGCAGCUGGAAUUUCUGGGACUGGCACAGGGAUUCGGUGUGCAGUUCACUGACUUCCCAGAGGCAAACAAAAAUGAGCUGCUUUCUGUGGUAGCUGUGUCCAUUGAUCCCAAGCUGGUCUGCCAUGGUGCGGGUCCAACCCUGGAGGCAUCACACGAUGCAGCUGCCAUCGCUGCUCUCCGCUCAUUGGCCGGGAUGGACCAGGAGGAAGACUUGGCCAAGAAAACCCCAAACCCCAGUACCAAAUUACCACAGACUGCAGCAAAGAAAUAGGAGCUCCAACCUGUAAGUUUGUUACAGCAUUAAGAGACUUCAUAAAUUGAUGUUGGGUGGUGUGGACUUGGGUGGUGCAGAAAGCUUCAGAUUUGUUUUUGUUUUUUAUUUCAAUUUAAACUCUGGUCUCAAAAUUCAAUCAGUAUUGCAUAAUGAUGACAAUGACAUGUGCUAAAGUUAAUAAAUUGGAGAACAAACUUUUACAGCUUAGAUUUUUCCGUUUAACAUUACAAGGAUUGGCAUUAAAAAGUGCAAACCGGUAAAGUUGACACAGGGAGGAAGAAUAUACUAGUAAUUUAUGCAUGUUCUCAGCCGUUAUUUGUAAGAUAGCGUAGCCUUUGGUUUUGUAUCAAAAUUAAAUGGCAGAUUUGAAUACACAUUCAGCUAGACAGCUGGGUGCCCUUCAUGAACACUCCUGAUAUAGGAGUUCUUCUUGGUACAUUGCUGACCAUUUAAUGAAGCAUCGUCCACCUGUCAAAGCUUUGUCAUGUCCAAUUUGACAGGAGGCAUCGGGGAGCAGAAGUAGGCUUCAGCAAGUGGGUGUUUCAGGACAAAGUGACUUCCAGUAAUAUUUAACUCGCUUAACCCUGUGUGUUGCACCAAGCUUCAGCAUUAAUUCAUUUCCACUUGGGGUUUUAAAUGACAGUGCUGAAUACAAUUCCACAAGUACUUGUAGGAUCACAUGUACUACAGCGCUACUCAAGUUGAGUACUGAAACACCUGUAGGGAAUAUAUCAGAUAAUAACUUUCUUUUCCCGACGUACCUGCACAUCAAAAGAACUUCAUGGCAUCUCUAGGGUUGUAGCAAUCAUUCUUAAAACCAAACCUCACUUUCAAGUAACUUGUUUAGCAUCAAUUGUGUGCCAUUAUUGUCACAAGUUUGUAGCUGACAAGUGUUCACAUUUGUCACAUUUUAUCGAUGUUUUCUCCAUGCCAGUAGACACAAUCCAAUUAGAAUUUUAGAAAAGGGAGUAAAAGCUUCCUGUGCAUUGUCUUGGUAGUCCAUUUUAGGUUCAACAUUGUCACAUUUUGAACUGUAAUCACAGAAACUGUGACUUGUUCUCGCCACGUUGACACUUCAAGUGUCAUUUGCCGGAGUUAAACGAUGUAGCUUUCACAAAAGUUCCAAGAUUGUCAGAUUUUUUCAUUGAUGCAUUGUUAACUGCAACAUACACUUAGAAAGCCCUUGUUUCCUUGUUCUGUUCCAGCCAGCAAUAAUAAAAAUCUCAGAACUUGUUUAUGC